AUGAGCUCAGAUCCCACCACUGAAGCCAGGUCAGACCUCCACAAGGAGGAGGAACAGGAGGAGGGCGACGACUAUUACAGUUAUGACGACGACAUCAUCGAGAAAUGGUCGGGUAGGGGCAUCUUCUCCAAGAUCGAACAGAUGGUCCUCGAGGACGCCAGCAUCCCUCACUACCUUACAGAACCCCCCCUGAAACAGUUCACAGUGAGGUUCUUUGAUGAGCCUGACUCCAUGUGCUGCCCGUGCACUCUGCCAGACACUGAGAAGAGCAUUCACAUGCGCAGCGAAAGUGGCGUGACCAAGGAGGACCUCAUCAAAGCCGUUACCCGGGAGCUGUGCGGCGACAAACCCCCAACUGUAUUCUCGGCCGAGAACGGCUACAGCGACGCGGAGAGCAGUGACGGAGACGCGGAGAAGGACACCGCGGAGAAGAAAACCAAGGAGCACGAAGAGAAAGGAAGCAAGAAAAGAGAGAAUACGGAGGAUGGGAGAAACGGAGCCCUCAUGUACUGGUCAGACUGGAUGUCUAAAGGAGGCAACUCUCCCAACAGACUGGCCUACCUGCACUACCUGAGUGAUGAACAGUACGCUCCUGAGAUUAUUAUGUAUUUCAGUUCCUACAAGAAUUUCAAUCGCCGGGUGGAAUUUGUUGAGAAGAAAUUCGGCAAGGAUGGAGAGUUAUGA